GGCCUUUCCGCCAGCACCGGCGGACGCGGUGCCGGGGAGAGAGGGGGGUGGUCUCAUUGGCCGGUGCGCUCGCACCGCCCCCCCUCAUUGGCCGCCGCGCUCGCGCCGCUUCCGCUUCGCCCCCCCAUUGGCCGCAGCGCUCGCUCCGCCGCGUUCAGAAGGGAUUUGGUGCCCUCAGGCUCAGAUCUCCCGCCAUGCGUCGCCGCCGCCGCUCCGCCCUUUUCCCGCCGUUCCUUCCUCCCUUCCCGUUUUCCCCCGACCGAAUCCCGCUCUUGCCGUGAGCCCCUCCCUCAUCCCGCAAUUCCCGCCGGGAUCAUGAAUUCCCAACGCUCCGACAUCCCCAACGUUCCCAAAAUGGGCGUCCGCGCCCGCGUGGCCGAGUGGCCCCCGCGCGCCAAAGUUUCCGACGGAUCCGCCGGGAAUUCCGGGGAUUUCCGACCCUUUCACCGCUCGGCUCGAAGAGCCGGCCGACGCUGCAAGGACGCGGAAUUCCAAGCGGGAUUUUCGGGAAUUCCGUUGCGUCAGCGGAGCAGCAGCGAGGCGACGUUGAGCGAGUGCGAUCCCGAAGAGACGCCGGAGGCGCGCGGGAAUUGCGUCGGCGGCGCCGGAUUGUUCCGCGAGUACGGCAGCACCUCUUCCAUCGACGUCCAAGGAAUUCCGGAGCAAAGCUUCUUCGAGAUGCUCGACGAAUUCCGGACUAAAAAACCGGAAUUUUGCGCCGUCGGCGCGGAAACGCCGCGGCGCAAGGAGAAACCGCGCCGGCGCUGCGUCAAAAACGACGACUCCGUCUUCAAGAAGCUGCGCAACUCCCGGCACGACGGCGAUGCCAAAGACCCCGAAGAACCCCGAGUCCCGGAACCGGCAAAAUCUUGGAUCUGCCGGAAAGGUUUCGCCCAUUUUGACGUUCAGAGCAUUUUCUUCGAGGCCGUUUCCGUCGUCGGCGCCGGAACGCGCCGUCGGAACACGGCGACGGGCGCGUCGGCCGCUUCGGCGGGAUCCGAGCCCGGCUUUUGCGGCGCGGAGGAUUCCAACCGCAAGGAAAACUUGGAACGGGAUUUAGGCGACGACACCAGCAACGAGCUCUUGUUGAGCUGCCCUCACUUCCGCAACGAGAUCGGCGGCGGGCGCGGGGAACGCGACGUCAGCUUCGCCGGAUCGGCGUCGCCGGCGACGUUGGCGGAACGCGGAGCGGCCAACGCCGGAGUUUCGGUGCUGGAGCCGCCGAGGGAACGGCCCAGGAACGGCCGGAGGCCGCGCGGCUGCGGCGUGGAACACGCCGACCUCGGGGCGCGCUACUACCGGGAAUACUUCCAUGGCAAAGAACAUUCCAAUUACUUCGGCGUGGACGACAAGCUCGGCCCCGUUGCCGUCAGCGCGCGGCGCGAGAAGCUCGAGGAGCCCUCGGAGCACGGCCCCCAAUUCCAGCAGCGCCUCAUCCUCCGCACCAGCCAGCUGGUGACUUUACGUGGUUCCAUCCUGGAGGACGCCGUUCCCAGCACAUCCAAAUCCGGAUCCGUACGCGGGAUUCCGCUCCGGGAAAUCCUGGAGUUCGUGGUUCCCGAACUCACGGUCCAAUGCCUGCGCCUGGCGCUGGCCACGCCCAAGGUCACGGAGCAGCUGCUGAAGCUGGACGAGCAGGGGCUGUGCCGGCGGCACAAGGUCGGAAUUCUGUACUGCAAGGCCGGGCAGAGCUCGGAGGAGGAGAUGUACAACAACGAGGCCGCCGGGCCCGCGCUCGAGGAGUUCCUCACGCUCUUGGGAGAGAAGGUUACCCUCAAAUCCUUCACCAAAUACGCGGCACAGCUGGACACCAAGACCGAUUCCACGGGCACGCACUCGCUCUACACCACGUACCAGGACUACGAGAUCAUGUUCCAUGUGUCCACCAUGCUGCCCUACACCCCCAACAACCGCCAGCAGGUACGGCCGGAGAUCCCGGCGCUUCCCAGGGAUUCGGAUCAUGGAGACUGGGGGAUCUCGAGGCUGCUCCGGAAGCGCCACAUCGGCAACGACAUCGUCACCAUCAUCUUCCAAGAGCCCGGCGCGUUGCCGUUCACGCCGCAGAACAUCCGCUCCCACUUCCAGCACGUCUUCAUCAUCGUCCGCGCCCACCAGCCCUGCUCCGACAACGUCUCCUACAGCGUCGCCGUCACCCGCUCCAAGGACGUCCCUCCCUUCGGCCCCCCGGUGCCGCCGUCCGGCGUCACCUUCCGCCGCUCCGACCACUUCCGCGCCUUCCUCUUGGCCAAAGCCAUCAACGCCGAGAACGCCGCCCACAAAUCCCACAAGUUCCGCACCAUGGCCACCCGAACCCGCCAGGAAUAUCUCCGGGAUUUGGCGGAAAACUACGUCACCAACACUCCCUUGGACACCGCCGGCAAGUUCAACCUCAUCUCCUUGGCUUCCAAAAAAAAGGAGAAAUCCAAAGCGCGGCCGUUGGCGGAGCUGGAAAGCGCCGGCGCCGUUUCUUGGCGAGUUUCCGCUUUGGAUUUCGGCAGGGGCGGGGCGGAGAUUCCGUGCGUUUUGGGGAUUUCCAAGGAAUUUGUGGUUUUGGUGGAUUUGGGAGCGAAGGAAGUGGUUUUUAAUUGUUUCACCGGGGAUGUGAUCGGUUGGAGCGCGGAGGGAGCGGCGUUGAGGAUCUACCACGGGCGCGGGGAUCUGGUGAGCGUGAGGGUGGGAUCGGGAUCGGCGUCGGGAUCGUCGGGAGCGGAGGGAUCGGGAGCGGAAGGAGCGGAGGGAGCGGCGGAGGAGGUCAAGGAGAUCGUGCAGAGGCUGAAGGCCACCACGCCGGGCUGCGCCACGGUGGACAUGACGUUACGGCGCAACGGGCUGGGCCAGCUGGGGUUCCACGUGCACCCCGACGGCAGCGUGGCCGAGGUGGAGGAGUACGGCUUCGCCUGGCAGGCCGGGCUGCGGCGCGGCAGCCGGCUGCUGGAGGUGUGCAAGGUGGCGGCGGUGGCGCUGAGCCACGAGCAGAUGAUCGACCUCCUACGCACCUCGGUCACCGUCACCGUGGGCAUCGUGCCACCGCACGAGGACGGCACGCCCAGGAGGCCCCUGAGUUUCCCGGAGUCGCCGCAUUCCGGCGCGUUCCGGCAAACGUCCGGCAGCUUCUCGGCGCCGGAACGACCGCAGAGGGGGGCGGCGUUCCCGGCGGAGCAUCCCGGACAUUCCGGGAAUUCCGGGAAUUGCGGACAUUCCGAGGCUGCUGGGAUCGGCCACGACGGCGGCAACGAGAGGAUCAAGGCGGAGCCUCUCUGGCACGUCCCGGCCCCGGCGCGAAUUCCCGGCAAGCGUCCGGCGCGCCCCGAUCCCGGCGGGAAGGAUUCCCCAAACCGCCUGCGCAAGGCCGAGGCGCCGCCUUGUGGCCACUCCCCCCUGUCCAGCUCCGCCUCCAGCGAGGCCGAGGCCGAGGGCGGAGCCAGCGACGGCAGCGACGGCCGGAAAUGCAACCGGAAGUGCGCAAGGAACUCUGGGAGCGACGCAAAGAAUUCUGGGAGCGAGGCCUGGAGUUCCGGGAGGGACACCAGGAAGUCGGGGAGCGACGCAAAGAAUUCUGGGAGCGACGCAAAGAAUUUUGGGAGCGACGCAAAGAAUUCUGGGAACGAGGCCUGGAGUUCCGGAAAGGACGCCAGGAAGUCAGGGAACGACGCAAGGAAUUCUGGGAACGACUCUUGGAAUUUUGGGAACGACGCUUGGAAUUCCGGAAAGGACACCAGGAAGUCAGGGAACGACGCAAGGAAUUCUGGGAACGACGCUUGGAAUUCUGGGAAGGACACCCGGAAGUCAGGGAACGACUCAAGGAAUUCUGGGAGUGAUGGUUGGAAUUCUGGGAACGAGGCCUGGAGUUCCGGGAAAGACGCCAGGAAGUCAGGGAGCGACACAAGGAAUGCUGGGAGCGAGGCAAAGAAUUCUGGGAACGACGCUUGGAAUUCUGGGAAUAACGGUCGGAUCGAGGCCCAGCACACAACCCGGCCCCAAAUUCCGGUGUCGGUUCCCAAAUCCUUCCCCAGAAUUCCGGGCAGAGCCAAAAUUCCCAAAGCGGCGCCGGGGGCGGGGCCGGGCUGGAGGCACCAGGAGGAGACGCCGGAGAGCAGAACGCAGGUGAACGUGUUCGGGCAGCCGCGGCUCCGCGCUUCCCUCCGGGAUCUUCGCUCCCCGCGGCGCCUCCCGAAAUCUUCCAUCGAGGACGACCUCAAGCGCCUGAUCCUGAUGGACAAUUCCUGCCCCGAGCCCGAAACGGCCCCGGGCCUGCAGAGGACGCUCUCGGACGAGUCCCUGUGCGGGAGCCGCCGGGAGAGCCCCGGGAACGGCGAUUCCCAAAGGAGAGAAUUCCCGGAAAACUUCCCGGGGGGGUUCCCCGGGAGCAGCACCCUGCCCGGGAGGAGGGGGGGACACCCCCAGGAGACGCGGAAAGGGCCCGUGGCCAGGCUGGACCCGGGGCUGAUCCCGCUGCCGGACACGGCCGGGCUGGAGUGGGCGACGCUGGUGAGCGCGGCCAAGGCCUACGAAGUACAACGAGCCGUGUCCUUGUUCUCUUUGGCUGACCCCGCCCCUUCCGCCCGGGCCCCGCCCCUUCCCCCCCUCAGCCCUUCCCCCACCCCCCUGGAUCUGCCAGGAAAAGUUUCCCAGUUGGAAGCGAUGCUCAAGCAGCUCCACAGCGACCUGGAAAAGGAGAAGCAGGACAAGGUGUUCCUGCAGGCCGAGGUCGCCAACCUGCGGCAGAACAACCGGCGGCUGCAGCAGGAGUCGAGCUCGGCCGCGCGGCAGCUCCGGCGCUUCGCCAGGAUCUUCUCCGGGGAGCACCAGGAGCCCUGA